UUGCCGUCCCGACGCGCGGGUAGUCUCAGGCACCGCGAUCCCGCCGUUCUCGGCAUGCGGCUGCGCUGAGAGUCCGCCCGCGGAUCCCGGGAGCCAGACGUCCACUGAGGAUCUCUGCUGGCUGUGUGAGAAGGUGGUCUUCAGCCGGCAGGAUGACCAACCCUGCGGCCGCGCAGAACCAGGAGAUAGACUGCCUGAGCCCAGAAGCUCAGAGACUGGCAGAGGCCAGGUUGGCGGCGAAGCGUGCGGCCCGCGCAGAGGCCCGAGAGAUCAGGAUGAAGGAGCUGGAGCGGCAGCAGAAGGAGAUCUAUCAGGUUCAAAAGAAAUAUUAUGGGCUGGAUACAAAAUGGGGCGACAUCGAGCAAUGGAUGGAAGACAGUGAACGCUACUCUCACAGAUCCAGAAGAAACACGUCGGCGUCUGAUGAAGAUGAGCGCAUGUCAGUGGGUAGCCGUGGAAGCCUGAGGUCACAGCCUGACUUGGAGUACGGGGGCCCCUACGCCUGGACAAAUGGGUAUGAUGGAGACUUAUAUGGAUCACAGUCCCUGAGUAGAAGAUCUGGCAGGAAUUCCAGCUACGGCGGUGACGGCCGAUUCUCCACUCUGUCAUCAUCCAGAGAGGACACCUUGGGACUUUCCUGCUCAGACCUCGGGCUUCGCCGUCGUGGCCUGGCUCCCAAACCCCUGUCUGUCCAGAAUGGAAACCGGCCCUCCUACCUGUACAGCGCUGCCCGGCCGGCGGGGAGUAACCUGGCGUCUGUGUCCGACGAGAGCAGUCUCGGUGGGGCUCGGCGGGGCAGCGCCUGCGGUUCUCAGGCUCUGGGUGGGCAGGCUUCGGAGCUCAGCAGCCACUUCAAGUCCAGCUCCCGCGCCUCCUCCAGAGCCAGCUCUGCGCGGGCCAGCCCAGUGGUUGAAGACAGACCAGAAAAAGACUUCACUGAAAAGGGGUCUCGCAGCCUGCCCGGCCUGUCUGCAGCCACGCUGGCCUCCCUGGGGGGGACUUCCUCUCGGAGGGGCAGCGGGGACACCUCCAUCUCCAUUGACACCGAGGCUUCCAUCCGGGAGAUCAAGGAACUCAAUGAGUUAAAGGACCAGAUUCAGGAUGUAGAAGGCAAAUACAUGCAGGGAUUGAAAGAGAUGAAGGACUCACUAGCAGAAGUUGAGGAGAAAUAUAAGAAGGCUAUGGUUUCCAAUGCUCAGCUAGACAAUGAGAAGACAAACUUCAUGUACCAGGUCGACACGCUGAAGGACAUGCUGCUGGAGCUGGAAGAGCAGCUGGCCGAGUCCAGGCGGCAGUAUGAGGAGAAGAGCAAAGAAUUUGAAAGGGAAAAGCAUGCCCACAGUAUACUCCAGUUUCAGUUUGCUGAAGUGAAAGAGGCCCUGAAGCAAAGAGAAGAAAUGCUUGAGGAAAUCCGACAGCUACAGCAGAAACAGGCGAGUUAUAUCAGGGAGAUUUCUGAUCUUCAGGAAACAAUAGAGUGGAAAGACAGAAAAAUAGGGGCGUUAGAGAGACAGAAAGAGUUCUUUGAUUCCGUAAGGAGUGAACGAGACGAUCUUAGAGAAGAAGUAGUCAUGCUGAAAGAGGAAUUAAAGAAACAUGGAAUAAUACUAAAUUCAGAAAUAGCUACCAACGGAGAGACGCCAGACACUCUGAACAGCAUUGCCUCGCAAGGUUCCACAAAAAUGACGAAGGAAGAGCUGAAUGCCCUCAAGGCGACGGGGGACGGGGCCCUCGGAAGAGCCAAUGAAGUGGAGGUGAAAAAUGAAAUGGUGGAGCAUGAGGGGAAAAGAGCAAUCUUGCAGAGCACUGAGCAAAGACAGCACAAGGAGGACCCAGGAGAGAGCUGUGUGGACACAGAGGCGUCACACCCUGGUGACAGUGCCGAGGACCAGAGAGCCUCUGCGGACGGUGCCCCCUCCCCGGGAACAUUAGUCAAUUCCGAGAGCGAGGAGGAGGUUCAAAGCCGAAUUCUAGAAACCGCUUCCUUCCUUGCAGACACCCAGCAGGUUGAGUCAAGUGAGGUCAUAAACAGUGAACUAGUUGGUGAAAUCCCAGAUCCUGGGAUUGGGCAGGGCAGUGGUAAUGCUUUGGAUAUCGAAAACCAAAGGGAAGAAUCUGCCGAAGAACGGGAAAAAGGAAAACAGGAAGAUUUGAAGGCUAACUUGGAAGAAAAGAGCACAAAACCAUGUCAGGAGUCUGCUCUUCCACAGAUAUCUGAGGCUGAAAGGGAGAGCAGUGAAGAUCCUUGCAAGCAGAGUGGGAGCCCCACAAAGGCUGAGCCAGAGGCAGGGCUCACUGGGCUGGGGGCGCAGGGGGGCCCUGCAGCCUCAAGUCCUCUAAGUGACGGUGAUGACCCAGGGAGUCACCGUGAAAAACGCCUGGCGGACGCCCCAGAGGCGUCAGACCCCAGCGCAGGGCAGGAUGUAGAGAAAGAACUUGCCAACCGGGAGGUAGCUGAGCCCAGGGAGGCCCCAGUUCAGAGCACAGAGGCAAGCGGGGAGAACGAGGAGGCGGAGGAGGAUGAAGGGAGAAACUUAAGGGAGGAGAAACCAAUUGAGCCAGAGGUCCAAACCAGCCCUCGUCCUCCAGAAGCCGAAAGCAGACCUCAGGAGGUGACGGACCCAAGGGUGGAAGAUGCUGAAAGUGAACCCCUGGAUGUGAAAGACCCCAGUGAGGAGAAUGACCAACAGGGAGAGGCACUGGAUUCGUCGCAGAAGAAGACGAAGAGCAAGAAAAAGAAAAACAAGAAGAAAAAAUCAGCGGCACCUGUAGAGCUCAAAGAUGUUCAGAAAGAAUUAACAUUUCAGAACCCAGGUUUAAGUGAAGUGAAAGAAGAGCUGGAAAAAGACACUGAUGAAAAACCGGUUGUAGAUGCCCAGGACGAGGUCACUAAGAGCCCAAAACAGAACAGCGUAGCAGAGAGCAGUGGAAAUAGUGGUGGUCCAGAAAAUCCGAAAAUUGAACUGGAUGGAAAACUUGACCAAGACGAUGCUGCUGUAAACACUAAGGCUGGUGGAGACACAUUGGAUUUUGAAGAUAAUAUGAUUCAGUCGUCAGGCACCAGUAAUAAAGAAUUAGACGAAGGUGCUAUAAAAGAUGAGGCUGAGGAAGAUGGCGGUGCUUCCAGCGGUCCUCCAGGUCCAGAGAAUACAGAAGUGCCCAGCAGCACCCUGCUUGAAGAUGGAAGUCCCGCAAAGGACACUAACGAUGCCUCUCACACAGAAGCCGCAGAAGGGCAUGUGAUGCCAGAAAAUCUAGGUCAGACAGUCAGAGAGUUUUCAGACAGCAUUCCUCUAGAGAACGAUGGCCUGGCAGCAGCAGACGAGGUGGGGGACUUUAAUUCAGAAAGCAAGGAAGAGAAGACAGGUGGGACCGGGAAGGGCAGAAACAAAGAGGACUGCACCAUGUCAUAGGUCGGGGCAGGGUCCCGGGGAGGGGCCAGGGCUGCACAGUAAGUCAGCUGGGAGAGACUCAGAGAAUGUUCUAGGCCGGUAUAGAUGCACCGAAUGACAAUCAGCCACCAGGUUAUGUACUCCUUCAAGCUAUAUAGACUGUUACCUGUAGAUUUCUAUUUCAUCAUUAAAAUGAUCACCCCGGUGAGAAAGACUCUUCUGUUAUCAGAGUAAGUUCUAACGGGGAGCAUUCCAGAAGUAUCAGACAGCGAUGUAUACUGUUUUGUUUCUGCUUAAAAUGAAAAUCCAAACAUUUAGCUUUUGCCUUAAGCUGAUAUGAAUGUGCAUAUUCUUGACCAAAUGUAUCAGCAUCUAACUGAAAGGACCAAAUAGUAUCCUGAGAUUUCCACAUUAUAAUUUUUAAAUGGUCUCGUUUAAACAUAUGUGCAUUCAUAUUUGAUUUUGAUAUGUGUAAUAUAACCUGUAUGGUAUUUUAUUUAAAAAGACAUAAACAGCAAAGCAGUGUAUAGGUCACUGAGUCAUGAGAUUUGCACCUUAGAACAAUAAUUUAUCACAUGAGGGAUAGCAAAUAGCUUACUUGCAUUUACCUCGUACAAGUAUCUUACUUCGGACCAAUACUUUUCGAUUUCAUUCUUGAGGAUACCUGAAUUUAUUUUGUAGGAGAUUUUGACUUUGUGCCAAUUAUGUACCAAAGUUAUUUUAUACAAAGACUUUUUUUGUUCUGGAAGAGAUAUAUGUUGUAAUUGCAUUUCCUACUGCAGUAUUUGGGCAGGGAGAAUCAUUUCUGAAAUUUAUUUUUUUAACCUUAAAAUCAGUUCUCUUUGUAUUUGUCUAAUCAUUAUUCAGUAGAGUAACACAAAAGGACCCUUGUGCAAACUGCUGAGUAGAGUCUAACAGGAUAUUUUUAAUAGUUGAAUCACUGUUGGUAUUUUGGUAUAUUUUCAUUUGUUGUUUUUCAGUAUAUUCUAAGUGAAAAUUUGUUGUUUCGAUCCUCCUAAACAAAGUAUAUAUUUUCUAUAUGAAGAAACAUUUAAAAAUAAUUGUAAAGUUAAAUAAAAAUCAUUGUAAAAUAUUACAAGGGGAUGUACAGUGUGAAUGCUAUUGACACUUUAUGAGAUCACAUGACUUCGUAUUACUGUUACAAGGUAUAAUUGAGUGCAAAAAAGACCAAAAACCUCAACAAAACUUGAGGCAAACGGAAGUGUUACUAUGUCAUUGAAAUAAAGACACUUUAUAAUUUUA